GACGACUUUAACCCACGGUGAUAACGAUAUUGAACAUGACAGGUAAGGUGGCUGUGGUCACUGGUGCUGCACGAGGAUUGGGGAGAGCAUUUACCGAAGCAUUACUGAAAAGAGGAGACAAGGUAUGCUUUUGUGAUGUCGAUGUACAGCAAGGGAAAAAAACUGAAACUGAAUUAAAAAAGAAUUUCGGAGACGAUAAUGUGCAAUUUUUACCAUGUGAUGUCCGAAAAGACCAAGAAUUUACAGAUUUCUUCAACAGAGUGAUCCAUAAAUACAACACCGUUGAUAUAAUGGUCAACAACGCUGGAAUUAUGGAUGAGAAUCAAUGGAGAAACACUGUUGAUAUUAAUUUAACAGCAGUGAUACACGGGUCUAUGUUGGCAUUGGAACAUAUGAGGAAUAGAAGUAAUAGUGGAGGUUUAAUUUUGAAUGUUUCAUCUUUGGCAGGCGUGAUGCCAGUAUCAUUUUGUCCAGCAUACACAGCAUCAAAACAUGGAGUUGUAGCGUUUUCAAGAAGCUGGGCUCUGCACCCAGAAGUCAGAAAGAAAAGAAUUAGGAUUGCAUGUUUAUGUCCAAGUUUUACAGAUACUGAUAUUAUUAAAGGCACUGAUGAUAGAGUACAUGGAACAGAACUAGCCAGGAUGGUUAUGAACUCAUAUGGAUUAAUGGUGACUGAUCGUGUUACAGAAGCUUUACUACGAGUAUUAGAUGACCUUGAUAGCAAUGGUAAAGUGAUGAUGGUGACGCCUACUUUUAUGGACUACCAUAUAUUUCACGAUCCCAAACUUUAAUAGAGAAAUGAUACUAAGACAUCUAAUAUUUAUAAUUGGAACUACAUGUAGUUAUAUAUUUGCACAUUAUUUAGAUUUUUAUCAUAUAUAAAAGAUUCAUAAUUCUCUA